GCUGCCCAGGCUGAAGAAGACAAGGAUAUCCCAAUUCUUCCAUAUUCUUCACUUUUCAUCCUCUCCAGCAAUAACAGAUACACUCUACCGAUUAGACAGAUGAUCCACUGGUUUGUGACGAAGAAGCUGUUUGAUAACUUUAUCAUGUUGGUAAUAGCAGUGUCAAGUAUAUCACUAGCUUCAGAGGAUCCGGUGGAUGAGGAUAGUCCUAGAAAUGUAUAUUUGGGAAUGGCGGAUUACUUCUUCACUGCUAUCUUCACUUUUGAAGUUUGUUUAAAGAUUCUGGAUCAAGGCUUUGUCUUGCAUCCAGGUGCUUUCAUGAGAGACUUCUGGAACGUGAUGGACAUUACAGUUGUCACGUGUGCGCUUGUAUCUUUCUAUCAUACUAUUGCAAAAACAGAUCGCAAAUCGGGAACCCCAACUGGACAGAAACUCAAGUCCAUCAAGCUCCUUAGGGUACUCAGGCCCCUCAAGACAAUCAAUAGGAUCCCGAAACUGAAGGCUGUUUUUGACUGUGUAAUUAUCUCUUUGAAGAACGUGUUCAAUAUAUUGAUUGUUUAUAUUCUCUUUCAGUUUAUCUUUGCUGUGAUAGGCGUUCAACUGUUCAAUGGAAAGUUCUUCUACUGUACUGACGAAUCCAAACAUGAUGCUGAACAAUGCCAAGGCCAGUACUUUCAUUAUAUAACUCCAGACGGUCCCCCAGUAGCUUAUACAAGGGAAUGGUCACGAAGGAAUUUUCACUACGACAACUGUUUCUAUGCAAUGCUCACACUUUUCGCCGUCCAGACUAGCGAGGGAUGGGUUGCAAUCCUGCAAGACUCCAUGGCCUCUACCUACGAGGAUGAAGGUCCUAUCCCCUGGUACAGGACCGAGCAGGCCAUCUUCUACAUUGUCUUUUUCAUCGUGUUUCCCUUCUUCUUUGUCAACAUCUUCGUUGCCUUGAUCAUCGUGACCUUCAACGAGCUUGGGGAGGCAGAGCUGGAGGAUGAUAUGGAUAAAAAUCAAAAAUCCUGCAUCGACUUUGCUAUCCAGGCUAAACCCCUAGAAUUAUACGUUCCCGAAGAGACAACUGGUAUUAGAUACCACAUCUGGAGAUUGGUGACCUCUGCCCCCUUCGAGAACUUUAUCCUGCUUCUUAUAAUCUUGAACACCCUCCUCCUGAUGCUGAAGUUUGAAGGAGCUCCUCUCUACUUCAUGGAUAUCUUGAUCUACUUCAACCUAAUCUUCACCCUCCUCUUCACUAUUGAGUGUGUACUCAAACUUUCCUCAUUUGGUCCAAAGAAUUACUUCAAGGAACGGUGGAAUCUUUUUGAUUUUAUAACUGUGGUCGGUAGUAUUAUCGACGCUACGAAGGUUGUGAAUGUUGGAUUCUUGAAGCUGUUUAGAGCAGCUCGGUUGAUUAAGCUGCUCCGAAGAAGUGUUAGUGUCAGAAUAUUGCUCUAUACAUUCGUUCAAUCUUUCAAGGCUCUACCAUAUGUUUGUAUGCUGAUGGGCAUACUGUUCUUUAUCUAUGCAAUCAUUGGAAUGCAGUUGUUUGGAAGCUUAAUAAUGGACCCGAAUACUGCAAUAGAGAGGCAUAAUAACUUCCGUCACAUCUUUCAAAGCCUGAUGCUCCUGUUCAGAUGUGCAACCGGUGAGGCGUGGCCAGAUAUAAUGUUGGCGGGAGUGGCGGGGAGACCUUGUGAUGAACGAGCAUAUGAAAGGAAUAAGACUACAGGUGAGCUGUUGGAUCCGGAGCAGAACUGUGGAUCCAACAUGACCUACUUGUACUUUGUCUCCUUCAUCUUCCUCUGCUCGUUCAUCAUGCUCAACCUCUUCGUUGCGGUCAUCAUGGACAACUUCGACUACCUCACGAGGGACUCCAGUAUACUAGGUUCCCAUCAUCUUGGAGAAUUUAUCACAGCCUGGGCUGAGUUUGAUCCUAGUGGAGCGGGUACAAUCCACUAUACCGAGGCUAUGGAACUCCUGAAGAAUAUAGAUCCACCCCUGGGAUUCGGAAAGAAGUGCCCAGAUAAGAUGGCCUACAAGAGAUUGAUCAGGAUGAACAUGCCAAUAGAUAAGGUUGGUCUAGGAAUAUUUUACUGA